CUCUUUCACAGAUGGCGCUACAAUUUUUCUCCCUUAUCCAGUUUAGGUAGAUUAGGCACUUUGCUAUAUAAUUGCUAUACAUAUAACUUAUCGUUGCCCUCGUGUGUGCGUGUGUGUGUGUUGCGUAUUUGCCGGCUAGUGUUUUGUCGCGCGUUAUCGCGAUUAAUAAAUGUGAACUUUUUAACAUAAAACGCGGGUUAUAUCAGGCGAUGAUCAUGGCGCAAGUACGUUACACCCGUAAUUUGUUUCUACGUGGGAUCUGCAUUAUAUAUCUCUUCGCAUUCCUCAGCUUUUACAUACAAAUUCCAGGAUUAUAUGGCGAUAAUGGAAUUCUACCAGCCAAAGGCCAGAUAGAUCUCAAAGCACGCGCAACAUUAUCAAAUAAAUUGAAGCAGAAACCUACAUUGUUAUGGUUUGCUCCGUAUUUAGGUUUAAACGUGGAGUAUAUGUUGGAUGUAUUGUCUCUUCUUGGAAUUGUUUUGUCCUUUGCAGGAUUUGUUUCGCAAAAGUUCUGCAUUGUGCCAGUAUUUGCAGGAUUAUGGUCUCUAUAUUAUUCUUUAUAUCAAAUUGGCCAGACGUUUAUGUGGUUCCAAUGGGACAUAUUAUUGUUAGAGGCUGGAUUCCUGUGUAUGCUUGUGGCUCCGUUCUGGUAUCGUCGUAAAAAGCUGAGUACUUCAAGCGAUUCCGUGACAUUCUGGAGUGUGCGUUGGCUGCUUUUUCGACUUAUGUUUUCCAGCGGUGUAGUUAAACUCACUUCGGGAUGUCCAGUGUGGUGGAAAUUGGAUGCUUUAAAUAUUCACUUUGAAUCACAAUGUAUUCCCACUGCUCUGGCUUGGUACGCACACCAUUUACCAACAUGGUUUCUACGACUGUCAACCGUUGGUGCAAAUGUUAUUGAACUUGCCGUACCAUUCUUAUUUUUCUUCCCAAAUAAGAAAGUGAGACUGGUUGCAUUUUACUUGCAGGUGUUUCUGCAAGUUUGCAUUAUUGCCACUGGAAACUACAAUUUUUUCAAUUUCCUCACUAUUUGUUUAUGUGUGUCUUUGUUAGACGACCAAUUUUUUUACAAGCGAAAAUCUAAAAUUGACACGAAGUCUCGCGUUUUGAACCAUCUCUCUACGUUAGUAAAUAUAUUAGUUUAUGGAGGAGUAUUAUACGGGACGUACAUUUAUUAUGAUCUCAAGUUAACGGAAAAUUGGACCAUUGAAUCUAAUAUUGCAUUUACACAAGAACAAUUCGAUCACGUUCUUUAUCGCGCAUUAGCAUUUUCCACAUAUGUUGGCGCAUCGUCUCUUGGAAUUGCGGUGAUAGAUGCAUUAUCCGACUCUACCAUUUUUACUAAGGGAAUUCGUAACAAAAUAACAACAACACUGAUUACAGUCUUUUAUUCUGUAGCUAUAUGGUUGAUUUUUGUUUUGAGCUUGGUACCGCUUUCCAGUUUGCAUUCGUCUUACAAUGCAACAGUGAACAACGAAAUAAAACAGAUGUACGAAAAGGUAAAUCAUCUUCAUAUAGUAAACAGUUACGGGCUAUUUCGUCGUAUGACAGGUGUCGAUGGUAGACCGGAAGUUAUAAUAGAAGGCAGCGACGAUAUCGAUGGACCAUGGAAGGAAUAUGAAUUUUUGUACAAGCCAGGAAAUGUUAAUAACUCGUUACCAUUUGUUGCGCCUCAUCAACCUCGUCUCGACUGGCAAAUGUGGUUUGCCGCUUUGGGCACAUAUCAUCAAAAUCCGUGGUUAAUGUCGCUAGCUUACCGUUUGUUAAACGGACAACCCGAGGUGUUGGCUCUCAUGAAUACUGUUGAGAAUCCAUUUCGAAAUAGACCGCCUAAAUAUAUCAAGGCUAGUUUAUUUAUCUAUCAUUAUACGCCGUGGAGCCAAACACAUAACACUCACGCUUGGUGGACUAGAGAAAAAGUGAAAGAAUACUUUCCUAUAUUUACUCAAGAUCAUCAUCCGCUCAUCGAAUACUUAGCGAAAAUGAAAAUUCUUAACGAAAAAUCAAGUUUUAAGGUCACAAAUGAACCACUCAAAUUAAUUCUAAAUAGUCUUCGAUCCUUGGCCAGUAAGAUGGAAGCAAGUUUAUUCUUGUGGAGCGUUUUUACAGCCGGAUGGGUGAUAAUUGUAACAAGUUUCAACAGUUCGGUAUCGAAAAAGAAAUAGUUAUCGGGUAACGUAUAAUUAUUUAAACAAGAAAUUUAUUACAAAACAUUAAACCAUUAACUAAAAAAAAGUAAGUUUCUUUCAUUGUUAAACCAUUAAAAUCGAAUGUUAAUAAAAUAGAAUCCAAAAGAUUAAAACAUACAUAUACUAACUGCUUAUAAAAUUACAUAACAUACAUGUAUUGAAUGUGUAAAAUAUUAUAUUUUUUCCAUUUAACAGAUCAUUUAUGUGCAAUGUGAAUCAUUGUAUAAACAUAUUAUUUUUCAAACUGAAGAAAAAGAGGCGUGUAACACCUCAUACAAAUUAACAUUUACUCUCGGUAUUGAUAAAUGUGUACAAUGAACAUAAUAUAAUCGAACUAGACUUUUUGUAUCUUAUCUACACUGUCAAGAUAUUUAAUAUUUUUUAUUUAUGCAAAGAUGAUAAUUAUUAUUUGUUUUUUUUUUAUUACUAUUUUGUGUAAAAUCCUCUGUUUUUUUUCAAAAAAUGUCAUUUUUUAUCGAGCAUUAUCUCAUUAAUUCGUAAGACGUUAUACAACAUAUAUAAUAUACACGCACAAGUACAUAUAUAGAUAAUGUCAGAAAAGAAGGUACUUACGUAUACUUUAAGAUAUAUAACGUUGUCUUGCAUAAUUCAUCAUUUAUGAAUCAUGUUUGUCUGUAUCGUUUUGCUUCUGAUAUUAUUUACAUAUAAGUUUGUACGAUUGAAUUAAUUUUGAUAUACUUUGUACACAAACUUGCGCGGGUGUGUUCUACCACACAUAUACACUCACUCUUACUACUCUUACUACUCUUAUAACUUUUCAAUGUUCUCUAUUUACAUGCAGAACCUAUUAUCAACAAUGCUGUUGAUAAUGUGCGACAUACAUCUGUGUAUGUGAUAAUAUGCACAUGUAUAUAUAUAUUCUCCAUGUUCUUUAGAUUACUACAAUCACAGUCAUCCUGCAUUAUACGAAAUUUAUUUUCAGAAGACUAUAUAUUUGUAAUAAGAGCUAGUCUUAUAUAUAUAUAUAUAUAUAUAUAUAUGUAUGUAUAUCUUCUUUAUUAUAAAACUUUAAACUAUGUAACAUGUUUAUACAUAUGGAUAAACAAAUAAAACUGUUUAGUGCUUCCUCUUU